AUGGCUGACAGCAGCGCACCCCCGACCGAGCAGGUCGCCAACCUGCACCUCGAUGAGGUCACCGGCGAGCGCGUGAGCAAGUCGGAGCUCAAGAAGAGAGAAAAGGCCCGCCAGCGAGACGCCAAGAAGGCAGAGAAGGCUGCCGCCGCUCCCCCCAAGCCCGCAGCGGCCAAGAAGAACACUGAAGAGGACGAGAAGGAGUUGACACCGAACCAAUACUUUGAGAUUCGAUCCCGCGCCAUCGCCAAGCUCAUUGAGACCAAGGACCCGUAUCCUUACCCCCACAAGUUCCAGAGCGACUACGACCUGCGCAACUUUGUCAGUGACUUUGGUCACCUCAAGUCUGGCGAGCACCAGAAGGACAAGGUCAUCCGGAUACAGGCCCGCAUGUACAACAAGCGUGCUUCGGGAAACAAGCUUGUCUUUUACGAUGUCCGCGAUGAGGGUGUCAAGGUCCAGGUCAUGUGCCAGUCCCAAGAGGUCGCCGAGGGCGCCCCCGAGUUCGUCAAGCAGCAUGAGCACCUGAGAAGAGGAGACAUCAUUGGUAUAAUCGGUUACCCCGGCCGUACCGCCCCCAAGAACAAGAUUGAGAAGGGCGAGGAGGGAGAGCUGUCCAUCUUCGCUACCGAGGUCGUCCUCCUGACGCCCUGUCUGCACCAGCUGCCCGACGAGUACUAUGGUCUCAAGGACCAGGAGGUCCGCCACCGCAAGAGAUACCUGGAUCUCAUCAUGAACCCCAAGACCAGAGAGACCUUCAGCACCCGCCCCCGAGUUAUCAAGUACAUUCGCAAGUACCUCGAUGACGCCGGUUUCCUCGAGGUCGAGACCCCCAUCAUCAACAUGAUUGCUGGUGGUGCCACCGCCAAGCCCUUCGAGACUCACCUCAACGACUACAACAUGGACGUUUUCCUGCGGAUAGCUCCCGAGCUGCCCCUGAAGAUGCUGGUCGUUGGUGGUCUCAAGAGAGUUUACGAGAUUGGUCGCCUGUUCCGUAACGAGGGCGCUGAUCUGACCCACAACCCCGAGUUCACCACCUGCGAGUUCUACGAGGCUGGUGCCGACUUUUACGACCUGAUGCACAGAACCGAGGAGCUCGUCUCUGGACUCGUCAAGGAGCUCACUGGUGGCUACACCACCACCUUCACCACCCAGCACGGCGAAACAUACAACGUCAACUGGGAGGCUCCCUGGAAGCGGGUGUCCAUGAUUCCCGCCCUCGAGGAGGCUACCGGCGAGAAGUUUCCCCCGGCUGAUGAGCUCCACACCGAUGAGUCGAGAGAGUUCCUCAAGAAGGUCUGCCAGAAGGUCAACGUCGACUGCCCUGCUCCCCAGACCACGGCCCGUAUGCUUGACCGCCUGACUGGCGAGUUCAUUGAGGAGACUGCCGUCAACCCUACCUUCAUCAUCGAGCACCCCAAGAUCAUGUCGCCUCUUGCCAAGGACCACCGCAGCAAGCCUGGUCUGACCGAGCGUUUCGAGGCCUUUGUUUGCAAGAAGGAAAUUGCCAACGCCUACACCGAGUUGAACCAGCCCUUUGAGCAGCGCGCUCGUUUCGAGGAGCAGGCCAACCAGAAGGCCCAGGGUGAUGACGAGGCUCAGCUCAUUGAUGAGACCUUCCUCAACGCCCUCGAGUACGGUCUGCCGCCCACCGCCGGUUGGGGUCUGGGUAUCGACCGCCUGGUCAUGUUCUUGACCAACAACUACAGCAUCAGGGAGGUGCUGCUGUUCCCCUUCAUGAACCCGGAGCACACCGUCAAGAAGGAUGACGACAAGAAGAUGCCAGAAGAGAUUGCUGCGGCUGGCGCUGAGGCCGCACCCGCCACCGGCACUGAGGGUAUUAGUAAGUCAUGA